AUGCCCGCCCUCGUCGUCCGUCAAGCCCCUGCAGCCAACACGCCCGCGCCCGCGCCCGCCCCAGCACCGACACCAGCCGACCCCGCUGGGCCGGGACAAGCUAACACGCCCAUCGGCGCGAACAGUGCCGUAAGCCCCGGCGCGGGCGCGGCGCCGGCGGCUAGCCCCGCCAACCUCAGCCCCAGUCCGGCCAACCCCGCCACCUCCUCCGCGGGCCCCAACCAGUCGCCAGCUGCCAACACGCCCGGCGCGGGCGCUACACCCUCCGCCCCAAGUGGCGCGUCGAGCGCAUCAACACCCAGUGCAAGCGGGAGCGGGAGUGCGAGCGCGAGCAGGAGCCCAGCGCCCGUCAACCCCGCCGACCCAGCCGCCAACCCCAGCCUCAGCCCGGCGCCCGCACGAUCAGAUAAGCCGAAGUUCGUCCCGAACGUGACGGAUGCACAGUCGGGCGCGCGGCCACUGUCGAAGGGGGCGUUGGGGCUCGUCGCGCUGGCCGCGCUAUGGAUGGUUGCACAAUAG